UUCUCUGACACAUGUAUACCUGUGAACUUUUUUUUUUUUUUGAGAGUAUUUUAAUAUACUCCAUCUUUAUUCAAACUUAUCUUGGUUACUCUUCCCCUUUAUGAAUAAUAAGCUUAAAUUCCAGAAACUGAAUGCGGAAGGUUAGUGGUGGACCCAGUCUAAACUGGAUCUCUGGACGUAGGCCUUACCAUUGGUGUCGAGGUCAGAGGUACAUAUGUGCUUUUUCCUAGGGGGAGCGCCCAUAGCUUUUAAUCAGAUUCUUACAUGAGCCUAUGAUUAAAAUUGUUAAUAAGCAGAAGAUUAAGUAUCAGUGGGGAGCAGAGUUUGGGACAAUGUAAAGUGUGGGUCCCUUACCUUUCACCCCAGUCCGGUAAGUAUGCUGAACAUAUUUCAGGCCUGACACAAUAUCUCUGUUCACCUGUAGGUGGGAAGGAUCCAAGCAAUUCAGAUUAAAAUAGGUCUUUCAUUUUCCCUCAUCUUUCAUGCUUAUCCUACCUAGCAGUCUUCUCUGAGGACGGAAGAAGAUUGAGAUUUAAUUCAGAAUAAGUGUUACUAUUAUCAUUUCAUGUGAUGGUGAGGCAGAGAUUGGAGAGAUCACAAGACUCAACGUUGCCAAUCUGGUUCUAAUCAUGGAAUACUGUGCUGUUUGGUUUGGGAGAGGGGGGUGCUUAAUUAAAACAUUGUCUCAGUGUUCUUCAUUACAUUUAUCCUUCCUCCAAAAGUCCCAAGAACAGUCUUGAGCUUCCCCUCCCUGAUACUACUGGCCAGAAGACUGUCCUUGUCUUAGGAAAGGCUACAAAGAGGAAGAAGCCUUGGUGACCAGAGGACUGUGAAAGUCAGAGAUACUACAUGUCCUUGGGAGCAGAAGGAAAAGGGGGAGAAACUAGAAGAAUCAUGCCCCCCAGGCCAGGUUUUGGGGGGAAGAAAGAGAAGAACACUGAACACCAUUGAAAGACAGAUAAUGCAAGAGGACUUUUGGAAUGUGUUGCUGGUGUUAUAAAUGCAAACUUUCUUGGAUACUUUUCAGCAGAUGUCAGUAAAGACUCAAAACGCUUCUCAAUUAUUUCCAGUUUUGACCUGUUAUUUCUUCUAACUGGAGCCCCACGCUGGGACAGGCCACAGGUAUGGAGAUAAUCACUCUCUGUUCUUCUCCCAAUGUGAUCCUGUGUCAUCUGACCUUCAGGGUUCAUUGUUCACCUGUAUUUAUUGGAUGGGAAAACCGAUGAAGAGACUUUUCAAAGAAGUCUACGAUGGGAGACACUGCUUCUAGCCCAUGCUGACGAAGGAGCCCGAAAGAGAACCACCAGACACCCAAGGACAUCAGAAUGAGUGACAACACUGCUUUGGCUCCUCCAGCUUCAAACCAGGGUCCCACUACCCCACGCAAAGGGCCCCCCAAGUUCAAGCAGAGGCAGACUCGCCAAUUCAAGAGCAAACCUCCUAAGAAAGGGGUGAAAGGGUUUGGAGAUGACAUUCCAGGCAUGGAGGGGCUAGGAACAGAUAUCACGGUGAUUUGCCCCUGGGAGGCGUUCAGCCACCUGGAAUUGCAUGAGCUUGCUCAGUUUGGGAUCAUCUGAUGCACCUGAGGUUCUGCCACUUUCAACAGCAUCUGCUGUAAUUUUGCUUACUUUUGCCCUAUUGAUCUGCCAGAGUCUUGAAAUUCAGCUGUUCGGAAGUGGUUUCUUCAGCUUACACAGUCAUUUCCCCCUAAAUUGCUAUGAAGAGUUCUCUUGGUGUGAGAUUCUCUCUUGCCCUAUAUAGUUCAGCUCAGAACAGUGGAUGCAAAUAGACUUUUGUUAGGACCCUUCAAAUUUCCUAUCAGCUGGUUAGAAUUCAGUGAUAGUUCUUGAAAUUUUGUUUAUCUGUUAAGUCCUUCAAAAGUAGUUUUUACCAGGCAGUCCCUACAAUUAAUAGCAGUUUUUAAGAUAACAUUUUUGUCACCCCCCUUCCCCUUCUCAUUUAAUAAAGGAGAUACUUACCUUGAAUCUUAUGAUGAAGUCGUAUUAAAUGCUAUAUGCAAAUAUCUGAUGCCCUCUUCUGAAAGUCAGUUCAGCAAAGAGGGCACAGUCAUACAGGAAAUAAACACAAUGCAUGCAAAAGAGCAUAGGAAUAAAGUCAAGUUCUGAUUCCACUUUGUAACUUGUAAAUCGUACAUUUUCUGUGUCUAAAUUUGGAGACGGAAACUCAGGAAUCUGUUAGCGUGAACCUUCCUUUUAGUGUCCUGGCUCAGUUGAUUGAAAAUAUUUAUAUGCUACAGAAUUUAGACUCAGAUGGGACAGGUAGUUGAACCCUCUGAAUAAAAUGAUGGUUUGCUUCACCUCUGAGGUUGUGUCAAAUGUAAUGUGCACAUAGCCAUCUUUCCCCAAUACUUUCACGGCAAUUGUGCAAUUCAAUUGCUGCCCCUACGUGACCUGGAUGCCUUGGGUACUAGCAGUAUUGAUUUCUUCAUUUCA